AUGAUUCAACCAUGGGAUUAUGCUUCGAUUGAAGCCGCUGAGUCUCUCCUCCAACAAUCCGCCUUCGAACCCUUCCAACUGCAAAACCUCAUCAAUGGCGCUCAAACAACCUCCACCAGCAACGAAUGGGUAGACUCCUUUAAUCCGAAAACCGGGCAAAUAUUCGCUCGCGUUCCAAAUAGCUCAGCCCAGGACAUUGACUAUGCCGUCCAAGCCGCGGAAACCGCCUUCGCAUCAUGGUCGCAGACUCCCCCGUCAAAGCGCGCUGCGUACCUGAAUCGCAUCGCGACACUGAUCGAAGAACGCCGCGAACUCUUCGCUGUAUGGGAGAGUAUCGACCAGGGGAAGACACUGGCGCGGGCAAGGGUGGAGAUUGACCGCGCAAUUUCUAAUUUUAGGUACUUUGCGACAUACAUUCUACAACAAAAUACCGCCGCGCGCUGGACGGACGAUAAUGUGCUUACGUACGAGCAUCGCUCCCCAACUGGCGUGUUUGCGCUCAUCUCGCCGUGGAAUAUGCCUCUGUACCUGUUGACCUGGAAGAUCGCACCGUGUCUGGCGUUUGGAUGUACGGCCGUCGCGAAACCGAGCGAAGUCACCAGCCUAUCCGCGUAUUUACUGGGAAAGGUCAUCCAAGAUGCUGAACUUCCCCCCGGUGUUCUGAAUCUUGUCUAUGGGGCGGGUAAUCCCACCGGCUCGGCUUUGGUCAAGCAUCCCCGCGUCAAGGGUGUUUCGUUCACCGGUGGUACGGCGACAGGUAUCCAGAUCCGUCGGGAUACCGUCGAGGACAUAGGUAAACAUAUCUCUCUUGAACUAGGCGGAAAGAACCCUACAUUGGUCUUUGAGGACGUCGACCUUGAUGCCGCUGUUGCGACGGCCGCAAGGGCAGCAUUCGAGAAUCAGGGAGAGAUCUGCCUGUGUGGCUCAAGAAUCUACGUCCAAAAAUCCAUCUACGACGCCUUCCUCUCUCGCUUCGUCGUCUAUGUCCAGGAGCACUACGUUCUCGGCGAGACAGUCGGCGCCGUCGUCUCCCUCGCCCAUUACCGCAAGAUCCGCUCGUAUCUUUCCCUAGCCACCCAAUACCCGGAGAGCUUCCAGCUCGGCUCGGUGCCCCCGGAGACACCCGACGGAGGCUACUGGAUUGAACCAGCCGUUCUUACUGUUCCGGACGGGAGCCCGAUCAUGAAGGAUGAGAUAUUUGGGCCCGUUGUGACGGUCAGCUCGUUCGAGAGUGAGGAAGAGGCAAUCUCGCGGGCCAAUGACAGCCAGUAUGGACUAGCGAGUAUCCUUCUGACGCGGGACGGAGCCCGCAUGCGACGAGUCGGCGAGCGACUUGACGCAGGAAUGGUGUGGGUGAAUUGCUGGCUAGUGCGCGAACUGGGCACGCCAUUCGGGGGUAUGAAGGCGUCUGGUACAGGGCGGGAAGGGGGCGAUUACAGCCGGGAUGUCUUCACCAACGUGCGGACGCUGCAUAUUCCUUCCGUCUAG